AUGUCCACCGCAGCAGCUCAAUUCCCACCUCUCACGGAGCGUCCAGUAGCAAGGACAAUCUGUCUUUUCGAUGUCGAUGACACUUUGACACCUGCAAGACGGAGUGUUAGCCCUGAAAUGUUGGCCUUGCUCCAGCAGCUUAGACAGAAGGUCGCAAUCGGUUUCGUUGGUGGAAGUGAUCUUGUUAAGCAGCAGGAACAGAUCGGUAUCAAUGGGUACAAUGUGACUGAUUUAUUCGAUUUCUGCUUCGCCGAGAACGGUCUCACUGCCAUCAGACUUGGAGAAACCCUCGCGAGUAAUAGCUUCAUCCAAUGGUUGGGAGAGGACAAGUACAAGAAGAUGGCAAACUUUAUUCUCCAUUACAUUGCUGACCUGGAUAUUCCUAUUAAGCGUGGAACUUUUAUCGAAUUCCGAAACGGAAUGAUCAACGUCUCGCCUAUUGGCCGCAACGCCUCUGUCCAAGAGCGUCAUGACUUUGAAGCCUAUGACAAAAUCCACAACGUCCGUCGUGACUUCGUCGAGGCGCUCCGUGCCAAGUUCGGCGACUACGGACUCACCUUCAGCGUUGGUGGACAGAUUUCCUUCGACGUGUUCCCACAGGGAUGGGAUAAAACCUACUGUCUCCAGCAUGUGGAGAAGGAAGGUGUAUUCGACACGAUCCACUUCUUUGGUGACAAGACGUACAAGGGCGGAAACGACUAUGAGAUCUACGAAGACCCGAGGACGAUCGGGCACAGUGUUACAAAGCCAGAAGAUACCAUGGCGGAGCUGAAGAAGCUCUUCGAUUUGUAA